AAUAAGGGUUUUGUUUACAUUGAUUAAUGCAUGUACAUAGACUGCUGCGUUAGGUUGUGUUUUACAGCUUCUUAUCGCUUUCGUCAGACAUGUCAGCUGACUCUGGGUACUUUGACCUGACAUUUCUCUGUGAUGUAACUGCUCAGUCUGUGUUCCACCAUCGUCUCGUGGGAGCAGCCAUGUAUUUGUCAGUCGCGCUUUGUUUUCUCGUUUUGACGUCGGCUGCUGGUCAGACCGAGUCCGCUCCUGGAUCCUCGUACGUCGCCGCCGUGUAUGAGCAUCACCCGGUCCUGAACCCGGAGCCUCGGGUUCCACUGUCCCGACCCGAAGCUCUGAGACAUGUGCUGAAGAACCUGGAGAUCUACGAGGAGCAGAGUGAGAGAGCAGCCCAGCUGGGAGCCCAGAUCCUGGUGUUUCCAGAGGACGGUCUUCAGGGUUUCAACUUCAGCCGAUCGUCCAUCUCUGGUUACCUGGAAACCAUUCCUGACCCCCAGCAGGAGAACUGGAAUCCCUGCACAGAGCCGGGCAGACACAACAACACUGAGAUUCUGCAGGCGCUGAGCUGUAUGGCACGUCGAUACAACCUCUACCUGGUGGCCAACAUGGCUGACCUGCAGCCUUGCCCCCUGACGACCAGCCCUUCCUCCCCCUGUCCGCCUGAUGGACACUGGCAGUUCAACACAAAUGUGGUUUUCAGGUCUGAUGGGCAUCUGGUGGCACGCUACCAUAAACAAAACCUCUACUUUGAGAAUGCCUUUGACACACCACCGCAGCCUGAGAUCAUAACAUUUGAAACACCUUUCGCUGGGACGUUCGGCCUCCUCACCUGCUUUGACAUCCUGUUCCAUGAACCCAUAAUCACCCUGGUGGAGAGGGGUGUGCGUCAGUUGAUCUUCCCCACAGCUUGGAUGAACCAGCUCCCCCUGUUGGACACGAUCCAGUUCCAGCAGGCAUUCAGCCUGGGUGCCAACGUCACCCUGCUGGCGUCCAACAUCCGCAACAACCAUCUAAUAAUGACAGGAAGCGGUAUCUACACGCCUUUUUCUGCCACCUACCACCACGCACAGAGAGGAGAUCCAGAGGAGGGCAGGCUGCUGGUGGCCAGGGUGCCGGUCUUGGAGCCACUGGGUGAGGGUCACAGAGUGACGUCAGAGGAGGGUACAGUCAGGAAAAAGUCCACAUCAUCUACAGAUACAGACUCAGGAUACUGUCACCAAGAAAGCUGUCUUGAUUCCCUUUAUCCUGAGGCCACCUCUGCUGUCUCCCCCUCCUCUGUCACCUUCACCUCAUCCAUGAUGUAUGAUCCGUUUACAUUUGUCCUCCUGAAUGAGACAGAGGGCCAACUUGACGUGUGUCACGGCACUGUCUGCUGUCACCUGCAGUACCGGCAGUCACAACAGGGCCACAGUAAAGAGCUCUAUGCGUUGGGGGCAUUUGCUGGCACACACACUGUAAAUGGACGCUACGCUCUGCAGGUGUGUGCGUUGGUGCGCUGUGCAGGGUUGGAGUCCAGCACCUGCGGACAGGAAGUGGAAGAGGCAGAGACUAAAAUGGACUUCCUGUUGGAGGCGAUGUUUGGGACCAGAUAUGUGUACCCAUCAAUAUUGGCGAGUCGUUACGUUCUGGAGCAGCCAGAGCUCCUGGAGAAGACAGCAGACGGCAGAGUGACCAUGAAACAUUCAAACAUGACAGGUGGCCUUGUCACUGCCUGUCUGUACGGACGAAUGUACCACCUGGACAACAAAUGAACCAGAGCUGCAGGACUUAGUUGGUGGACAAAAAAAUAUUGUUUUGUCAUUUUUAUGACAUGAAUGUAAAUAGAAUAUAUUUUAGUUUUAGACAGAUAGUUGGACAGAUCAAGACAUUUCAGGUCAGCUCGAGCUGCAGGAAAUUAAAGAGGGAAGUUACAUUUUUCUGCAGUUUUUAAACAAAAAAGGGACAAUUUUUUUAACCAGAACAGCACCCAGUGGAGGAUCCCUCUGCAAGGCCCAAGAGUCUACCAGUUCCAUAAAUAUGUUUGAUAUUUUUCACCAAGAUCUUUGAAUUAAAAACAAAAAUGCCCUAUCUCAAAAUGAUGUGAUAGUGAUAGAAAACCCCAACUCAUAUCAAAUUCUUCCACAAAUUUUGUGAUAAUAUGUUCAGUAAUUUUUACGGGGAGGGGACGAAAUACACUUCAAAAUUGAUUCUUCAUCAAUAAUACUGACAACUCAGCUGCUACACUUUUGUACAAACUGCAAUAAAUCAAAAACAAAUAUCUUUA